AUGGACCUUCUACAUUCCGUUUCACCUGCGGCGACGCAGUCUGAAGAUGGAUCCAACACCCAGCCUGGUUUUGAUCCCCUCUCGACAUCUUCUGGUAAUGCGCGAUCAUUUGGCGGGGUGUCCUACGAAGGGAUCGAAAACCAACGUCCCCUUCCAGAACUGAGUGCCGGUCUGUCCAUGACACAGGAAGUCCAUUUCCCUAGCCCUCUCAUUAAGCUCGGAUCGAAUGAUACUUCAGCCUUGGUCUUUGACCGAAAGCCGCGGCGGAAUCUACAUAGACCUCACCGAUCCAAACCUUUGACGAACGCAGACCGCCCAUAUCUUACGCAUCCUAAGUACCUGGAGUAUCGGUCCCGACCAAGGCAAGAUAUCGGUCCUGAUGGCAAGCCAAUCUGGCCCGAUCGGAUUGAAGCUGCUUUCCAGAAUGCACUGGUACACAUCAAGCCAAUGGGACGGAAGAAAUGUUCCCAGCGUGGGAGGCCAUAUGGACGAAACAUGCUUAUUGCGGAAUGGAUAUACCGGGAAACUGGCGAAGUUCGUGUACGCAAACAAGUCUCGAGCCACAUCCAGGUCCUGGAUCGGUUCCUCAAAGGAAUACCAGAAUGGGAUCGGUUGAUCAAACCCGGUGAUGACGAAGACACCAGCCCAACCGAGGGUCACAAGUUCUAUCAUAACUCCAUUGAACACAUGGUCAAUGAACAGAAGGCAAUGAAGGGCGGCAUGCACCUACAAGAAGAUUUUGAAGCAGAUGGUUCCGAAGAUAGGGAUACGUCUCUGCAAGUGGCCAGCUCGGAUAUCAUCAACCUCCAGAGAUUGACUUUUGAGAUGUGGGUUAGUCAACCCGAUGAUUGGGAGCAUGCCUUGCAUCACUAUACUCGACUUCAAAGCCUCAGGCUGGAGCCUAUCCCGUUGCAAGAUGUUGUUGGGUGGCAAGUAUUCUUCCCUCACCUACCGUCCAUCGUUGAUGACUGGUCGAACGGCAACCAAUGCGACCUUAUCCUCCUCGACGCGAGCUUCCAGCUUAUGGAGGACUUCCCACCUCGUCACUCCAAGCUCGGAAUUGGGCUCGAACUGGAUUUUAUUGACGAAGACUGGCCGACAACGUCACGUUUAGACGACUGGAAGGAAUGGACCUGCGUGACUCGCAUAUAUCGCGAUGGCCAUGAGGUCACUGAUUCAUGUCAUGAAGAAUGUCGUGCUUCUGGUCGAGGCAAGAUCAAACCAUUCUUUCAGUCUAGAUGGUGGGCCUCCACGUUCACAUCCCUUACAGAAGCCGAAAGGCUGGCUGAAGACUCCAAAGACUUGACGGCUAUCGAACUUGCGAAUCAACAAUCCAGCAACUUCCUCCGCAGUCUGACUAUCAUGCAGGAACUCUCUGCGAUCGACAUGAGACCAGGGAAAUAUGGCGAGAAGCACGGUCGAAAGUCGCGGCAGAGGAAGGCCGUGCUUCUCUGGAGGUUCUCUCAGGCCCCUCUCGGUACCGGCGGCACAACGACAUGGCGGUCUGUAUGGGUGCCUCCGUCAGAAGAUCUUUCCACCAACAGCACAUUGCAUUCUGUGGAAAGGGGCUUGCCGCCUCUAUCUAUGCAUGCGAUGGAUGACUGUUCCCCCAAUAUUGGUUCCUUUGACAAUAGCGGUCAGUUCUUGUCGCAGAACAGUCUUCCGUACAACAUGUACCUGGGGUCGAUGGACGAAGAACUGUGUCAAGAUGGGUUCAUGUCCUUCAAGCCUGUUCAGAUUCCCGACUUGGGUCAUUUAGCAUCCUCGUUCCCUCUGCCAUCAACACAAGCUUUCCUUCCACGGUGCGACAUGGGGCCCUUGGAUGUGCAUGUCGAUGCAAGUCAACAACAUCUACAGACAAUCAUUGGGGAACAUUCCAUCGAGUCAGCAAACAUCUUCGAGCUUCCGGAGCUCAAGAAACACCUUAGCAAUCAGUCAGACCCAUCUUACACGAAAUACUCGCUGCAUGAGACAAUACAAGGCUCGACUGAUAUGCAUGAGCAUCCAUUAGCAAGGUUCAAUAUCCAGACCCACCAGGUACUGCAAGAACAGCUCGGCUCGGAGGAGGACGCUGCAACACAACCGCUGUCUGGAAUCAAGCCAGAGGCACACUCGCCACAGUUGGACAAGACUGACGAGCACGGCUGGACCGGAUUUCUCGAGGGAAAUCAUGGACUGGAGGUUUCGGCGGCUCCGGCUCCGCAGCAAACAAAACCGCAAGCCCAUUCGUGGGUGCCGGUUGACGAGCAAGACGAAGCAUUGCGUUCCGCUCUGCUUGCAGCAUGCGCCAUGAGCGACCUUGGGGCACAGUCCCAAGGAUCACCCCUGCGUCGUCGAGUGCAAGGGAUUUCCAAAUUACACCCUCAUGAUGAACCACGCUGGGCUGCCUCGCAAUCAAUAUUCCGCCCAAUGUUGCACAGCCACCACAGUUUCCCGGGUCUGCGGAGCAUGCAGGAUGUCAAUGGCGACGCCUGUGGGCUGCCUUUCGAUGACCAUGACGGCGCGCAUGGACUGGCUCUGCUACAAUGUCAGCUUCGGCAGAAUGGAGACAAUCAGCUUUCUGUCCCGAUGGAACCGGACGAACUGCACCCUGGCAGUGAUGGGUUCGGUGGCGGCAGUGGUGGCGGUACACGGGGCCUGCCUCGCGCGCAGAGUGAGCCUGAUCAUGGGCCCAUGCGAAUGCCGGUCCCGAACUUACACUCCGCGACGGCUGGUCUGGCCGAGCUCGACCACGGAUAUCCCAAGCGCGACUCGGUGGCCGAAAUUGAAGAGAUACCAAAGAGUCCUCAUCAAGCGCACUCCCAGCCUCUCCCGCUUGAGGACACUGAUAUGGGAGAUAGUUUUGGUGAAGUCACUAUGGAUGAUAUCCGGCAGUAG